GCUGACCCCGGAAAGUAGCAAGAUGGUGGGUGAAUGACGACUUCUUUCACUAGAAGAAUCGCUUCUCCGCCUGAUAGUUGUUUUCACGAUUACUAUCUACGACGUUGUAAUAUUCGUAGUGCAGUGCAGUGUUUUGUGAGUUCUACAUCGACGAAACAGCUGGAAAGUCUCUCCAGCCCGGCCUGAUCGGCGUCUCGCCUAUCGUCUGUUCGUCCGGUUUUGCAUUCGCUCCGUGACCGAGAUCGGAAUCGGCUGGGCUACCCUAGUGCCCCUGUUCUCGGGAUCAACCGUAAGUUCUUGCUUCUUAUCCCUAUUUUUACAUCGGUAAAUCCGUGUGCCGCAUCCGAUGUUCGACCGAGCAAUCAAUCGUCCGUGAUUUGAUCUCAGCAUCUUCGGACCCACUAUUUGGCUCACCCCUGAUUCGGGGUACCUUCAUCUCAACCUUGGUUCAUACAUUUUUCACCCAGCAUCAUUCAGAGACGCCUUCUCGCUUCCUUUUCGAAGCCUUUAUUCUAUACGACUCGAUGUGUUCUGACCGGAAAUCAAACCGUAAGUCAAAGUCCGUGAGACUCGGGAGAAUUCAAUCCGCUAUUGAAGGUGUCGUGUCUCGAGGUAAGUUCGUCAGUGUGUCGGUCAUACAAAUGAAAAAAUGUCUCGCCAUGGAGUUUUGGCUCUGCGCUGUUCUAUACCAUCAUCACUAUUUAACCAUUCAUUCAGCCAUUGAGGAUCAUGGACGCCGAAUUCUGACAACGAUUAAUCAGCAACUAUGUCUCGAUUUCGGCUAAUGCCAAUACUUCAGUUGACUUCCAUCUGGAGCUAUGCAUAUGCUUUCAUACUAACAAUCAUCACUGAGGAAGUUUUACUAUAUAUCUCAAUCGGAGGGUAGCUCUUAGUUGAUUCAAUUUGUUGUAAGAUGUAGUUACUUUCAAAAUAUAGCGAGACACUUUUGUUGCGUGUCGAGCAAGUAAGCACAAGUUCAAGCGAGAGGUUGAAACAUUUCAUAUUUACAACUGAAGUUUACCUGAAGCGAACUUCAGUGAUAUCAAUAUUGUAAGUAAGAUGUAAAUUCAUGAUGACUUACGUAUUUGACUAUUCACAGAUACCCCAACACUUUAAGAGCUAUCCUCUUUUUGUGUCCAAUUAGCAUGCUUCGAAGGGGGCAUGUAAUUAAAUUCCGUACCUAGAGUUUAGUUCAACGCUGCGUGGAUCCAUCCACCAUCUGUUGUGGGGAUUAGUAGCAGGAUUCCAUUGAUGCGCGCCUGUUAUUUAUCGUCCAUGAUGCCUUCAAUAUAUAGCUCAUGGAUCUCUGACGAGGAAGAUAGGAAGUGGCUCUGCAGUGGCAUACCCAUGGACAUCUCAUGGUUAACCGCACGUGCGCUGAAAGCUGCAGUGCUCCGGGCAGCUUGUUACGGUAGUGUGCGAGUGAAAAUUAUCAUCGGUACUCGACAACCACGGUGUAGCUGCAGUGCUAUGAGCAGCUUAUGUAGAACCGGUUUCUUUUCUUUACCCACUGAUCGCUUGGUGAGUAUGCGUCCUUUCAUGGUGUUCUCAUGGCGAAAUCGAUUUUUCAGCCGGUACGGUAUUGUGGCGAAAUGGAUCUGGCGCUCGUGAUCUCAGCGGUUUCGGUCUGGUUUGUCAGUCGUGUGACAAACUGGUUUGCUCACCGGUCAUCAUGUUUCCGUGAAUACCUUUUCGUAUCAAAACUCAUGACAGCUUGUACGGGUCCGUUUUACUUAUAACCUACUAUGGUUUUCGUGCGCGUGCUCUCUCUGACGUCGGAUACCAUUGUUUUGCAAGUUGUCCGCGCUCGGUAAUGCCCAUAUCCUGUUGGAAUUCCUUCGAUAAGAGCUUCAGUUUACCUAAGUUUACACCUUUAUCCUCAUCCUCUCAGUCGCACCCUCUCUCCAUAUCAUUGCUUGCUGAUUUUCCGGUUCCGGCAUCGAAUUGUCCAUUUUUUCUUUCGCGGCGCGGCGUUAUUAUUUUCGGUUUUUUUCUUUUUACGCUUUAUGGAACAUGCAGAGGUAGACAAUGAGCUCAAGGAGAAGUCGCGAGCGUGAAAAGACAAGGUUGCGCAUGGACGAGUACAGUGGGAAGUCUAGUGGUCGCAGAGGACUUGCAUCUCCUCCAAGACGACGGGAAUUGGACAACAUGAUGAAGAAAGCACGGAAAGACAAUGGCUCUCAGAGUCAAUAUUGGAACAAAAAACUUUUGGAAGUAGAAGAAAAAGACCCUAACAGGUGGAGGCACACUGGUUUCAAGAAAAUGUACGUCGAUAAAGAAAAACGUGGGUCCUCACAUUCAAGGAGUCCGCUCAGUCCAAUGGGACGGAAUUCCUACACUCGCUCACCGCCUGGCCGUUUGCGUUCUCCAGUUCCGAGGCCCCGAUCUCCCUCGGCUAAGCCUCCAAGAUCUCCAAUUGCUAGAGCCAGGUCACCAGUCGCAAGAGCUAGAUCUCCAGUUCCAAGAGCGAGAUCUCCAGUUCCAAGAGCUAGAUCGCCUGUUCCAAGAGCUAGGUCGCCAGUUGCCAGAGUCAGGAAACUUUCAUCCCCUCCUGCAAGGCGGAGGUCCGAAAGUGGCAGCUCAGGUUCUCUCAGCAGCUGUUCAGAUUCACAUUGUAGCGUUUGCUCACCAAAGCCAAAAUCUCGUGAAAGAGUACGAAAGGAACGGCUCCCACCAAAAGAGCCCCGUUUGAGGCCAAGAUCGCCUCUCCCUAGGCCACCACCACCUCGAUCAAGGUCUCGCUCAUUUUCGGUGCCAAGAUCAUCAGUUCGACCAGAUCCACGUCUACGAGCCCAAAAUGAAAAGUUAAAAGAAAAGCAGCGGAAAUCUAAACAAAAGAAGCGCGAUCGUGAAAGGAGUCUUUUCAAGCCACGUCCCAUCAAAACAGAAUCAAAUUCAGAUGACUCCAGUUCACCUUCUCCGCAGCCUCGCAUGACUCUCUCAGAACGCUUUGGACGCAUGGCUCAGUGGAGCAUCGAUAGAGACCUGGAGCAUCAUCGCAAUUUGAAAAUAACCUCUGGGGAUCAGUUUACUGUUGAAAUGGACUCGCCUCCAUCACCAUUUCCUGGGCCAUCAUCAGCUGCUCUUGCCGAGGGUAGUUGGGAUGACGUUCGAACUCGUUAUGCCUACUACAAAAAACAGGGAUACCUCCGAGACUUAUCACUUAGCGAUUAUGUUAAAUGGGAAGAGUGGUGGUAUAAAUAUCAAGACUGGCUUGACAAUGAACGUUGUCGCAGGAGGUAUCAGCUAUUGCGCAAACGUCAUUGAAUAGUGAAAUAUUUUACUCUCAGCACCGUGUACUGACUGGAUGUUUGAAACAAGAUUCAAACUAUUCUAUAUUUACUUGUUUCAACUUUUUAUUUAAUUAUUAUCAUAAGUAUGUUUACUGUUAUCUCUCGCCUAAAAAAUAUUUAUUAACCUUUUUGUGUUUCAUUUUUGAUGUGAUAUUAUCAAACAAUACUCUGUAAAUUUGAAGUUUGUACAAAAACUACUGCGUGGUCAGUGUAAGAAGAGUCAUUUUUAAGUUAUUUGUACGAAGUGUCAGUUCAGUUUUGAUUUCAUAGCUUAAGUUAAAAGGAAUACAAAAACGAGAAAGUAAAAAUAUUAUUUUAAGAUUUUUUAAAGAUUUAUUGUGGUUCUUACCAACUGCAACUCUCAAGUAUCAUUCUUACUAUUUGCAAUCUCUAUUUCGUAAGAAGAUGAAGAUCUAAUUAAUCAAGAAGUCAUUUUUCUAUCAGGUGCUAAACCUUUUUGAACCUCCUCAAUCAACUUCAGUGUACCUUUACCAGCUCAGUUUAAAAUAAAUACCGUGGAAGUGUAUCAAAAUAAAAGGCAUCAGAUUUGCUCUUUUAAGUUACAUUAUUAAGCAGUACUUUAAAGACUAAACUUUGUAACUGGAGAAGAUCAAAAGUUUCAAACUCAUAACUUUUUUAUUUUAUGGAACGACACAUGAAAUUUUAUUUUGAUGUGGUUUUUUCUAUAUUUUCUUUUUUGUUAGUGCUGAAGUUAUCCUCAGUUUCACAUUUGGCAGAAUUGGCCAACACUUUUAGCAGCUGAUAUGUAAUUUAUUUCCGAACCAAAAAUUUUAUCCUCGCUAGUCAAUGAAGUGUUGUAGAGAAGAAUGAGUUUCAAGCUAUCGCCUUUGACUUCUUUCAAUCUUAAGAAUUUUAAUCAACUACUCUACCCGGAAGGUUUAUGUACUGAUUUGCAAUGCAUACAUAAUUGCAUGUUAGAUCCAAAGCAGUGCGAUUUGUUAUAGUUUUUUAUGCAAUGUUCCCUGAUCAAAAGACUUUAUUAUCACUAUAAUCAAUAAUACUGUAAUUUUUUGUAAGAUACUUUUGUUGUUGUUGAAUUGCAACAAUAGGUCAUGAGUACAAAAAACCCUGCCUGGGUGUCUGUCAGACUCUUCUGUGUUGGACUGAUAGUGAAAAAUGACAAAGCUGUAUAAAGAAUAGUUUACUAACUAAACUUGGACAAAGCAGAUCCUUGCCCUGAAAAAGUUCAGCUGUUAGAACUGACGUAAAUUAUUUUUUUUCUUUCAUGCCAUGUAGGCACAGGACUAAACUCAGAAACCAUGCAUCUUACUUUUAGUAUUUCAGAAUCAGAAUUUUUCCUCUGAUAUAUUUAGAGGAAAAUAAUCAAACUUUAUCUCUUGAAAUCAAGACCUAUCCACACAGGUCUGUCAUUCUUAUGGAACUUUUUUGAAACCCUAACCGCUCAUUACUGCGGGAAAUUUAAAUGCAACACAUUUCUUAUGAGAGCAGCCACUUGGACAUCACACUGAUUGUAGUCAAUUGAUGCCUGUUAGGAGAGUAAAUUUCAAAAAGAUGUGCAAUGAUUGCCCUGUGUGGAGUGGUCUUGCUUGAAACUUUCUGAGAAUAUUCUUUAAGCAGAAGAGAAUAAUCAAUAGAAGUUUCAAGAAAUCGUGUUGGUUGAUUUUCAGAUUAAAAAAUAUAAUAAGUCUGCAGCAUUGCAAAACGAAAUUCGUGAUUUCUGUACACAGUCUUCAAAAUGUGAUUCUAGCGCAAAUAUUUUACUAAGUUUUCCUAUAAAGUACUUGAAUGAAUUACGCCUAAGAGAAAACAGUGGAGCUUUAAAAAUGGAAGGUCUCUUACUUUGAUUUGUAGACAAUUUGUUUUUUCAGCUUAAAGUACUGAUCGAAUUAAUUCAGUGGGAAUGGCAGGUAAAUGGUACUAAUGAAGUACCACCCCUAAUUUUUUAAGUUCAGCAAUCCAGACCUUUGAUGUAUUUCAUUUUACCACGGGGCUUUAAUUUUAAAGCUAUAUUUUUCACUAUUUAGCUUUAAUUUUAUAAAUGCUGAAUAGCUUAAAUCCCUCUUUUUUUUAAAUUCCUGUAUGAAUAAAUAUUGUAAGAUACGUACAACAAUACUUACCUGAAUAAAAACCCGACAAAAAUUUUA